AUGACGUCGAGUCCAGAUGUGGUUCCGUCACUCGAGACGGUGAAGCAGGUGAUCGAAAAGGCACGCAGCAGGAAAACUGGACCGCAGCCGACGCUGGUCCCCGUGUACCGGCAAGUGUCGUCAGACCUGAUCACGCCGUCGGCGGCCUACCUCAAAGUGUCGAAGCGGGCGACGACGUCGGGCGAAGGCAAGAAGCAAUACUCGUUCCUAUUCGAGUCGGCGGCGACGGAGCAGCUGGGGCGGUACAGCUUCGUGGGGGCGGGGCCGCGCGAUGUGCUGGUCACGGGGCCCGGGUACGGCGAGGAGACGGACCCGCUGGUCGGGCUGGAGAAGGAGCUGGGGAAGCAGGUGAUUGCCGAGGUGCCCGGGCUGAAGCUGCCUCCCCUGACGGGUGGCGCCAUCGGCUAUGUCGGGUACGACUGCGUGCGGUACUUUGAGCCUAAGACGGCGCGCCCGCUCGAGGACAGGCUGCAGAUCCCCGAGUCUCUCUUCAUGAUGUACGACACCAUCGUGGCGUUCGACCGCUUCUACGGGCUCAUCAAGGUCAUCUCGUACGUCGAGGUGGGUGACGGCACGGACGCCAGCCUGGCCGGGGCUUACGCCAAGGCUGAGGCCACCAUCGCCGACCUGGUCGAGCUCCUCGAGUCGCCCGAGGUGCCGCUGCCCGAGCAGGGGCCCAUCGAGCUGGGCCGCGAGUACAGGUCCAACAUCGGUCGCGAGGGAUACGAGGCCCACGUCACCCGGCUCAAGGAGCACAUCGUCAAGGGCGACAUCAUCCAGGCGGUCCCGUCGCAGCGCUUCGCCCGCCCCACCAGCCUCCACCCCUUCAACAUCUACCGUCACCUGCGCACCGUCAACCCCUCCCCUUACCUCUUCUACGUCGACUGCAGCGACUUCCAGAUCGUCGGCGCCUCGCCCGAGCUGCUCGUCAAGAGCGAGGAGGGCCGCAUCAUCACCCACCCUAUCGCGGGCACCGUCCGCCGCGGAAAGGAUGCCCAGGACGACGAGCGCCUCGCCUCGGAGCUGCGCAGCUCCCUCAAGGACCGCGCCGAGCACGUCAUGCUCGUCGACCUCGCCCGCAACGACGUCAACCGCGUCGCCGACCCCCUGACCGUCCGUGUUGACCGCCUCAUGGCCGUCGAGAAGUUUAGCCACGUCCAGCACCUCGUCUCCCAGGUCUCGGGCGUCCUGCGCCCCGACCAGUCCCGCUUCGACGCCUUCCGCUCCAUCUUCCCGGCCGGUACCGUUUCCGGCGCUCCCAAGGUCAAGGCCAUGGAGCUCAUCGCCGAGCUCGAGGGCGAGCGUCGCGGCGUCUAUGCCGGUGCCGUGGGCUACUUUGGCUACGGCGGCGUCGAUGACCAGGGUGCCCGUGUCGAGGGUGCCAUGGACCUCUGUAUCGCUCUGCGCACCAUGGUGGUCAAGGAUGGCACUGCCUAUCUUCAAGCUGGUGGCGGCAUCGUCUUCGACUCAGACGAGUACGACGAGUGGAUGGAGACCAUCAACAAGCUCGGCGCAAACAUGCAGUGCAUCACGUCUGCCGAGGAGCUAUAUCACCAGCAACAGCAGAGGGCGUCCAAGAAGCCGUAA